AGCGAGAAAGGGGGAGUCGAACGCCGGCCGAGCGCGGGCGCGUCCAGUGGGCAUUGGUGGCGGGAACCGGACUUAGGGGGUCCCAGGAGAGGCCAGGGUUGGGGGCGCGCCUCGGACUGUCCUGGCCGUCCGCCGGGCUGCCCUGAGCCGACGUAGGAAUUGCGGGAAUGGUGGCGGCCCCCGAGGGACUUGGCGCGGGAUGCCCAGGGGAUCAAGGAGGGGCCGGGGCCAGCGGAGCAGAGAUGUCUGCGUUGCGGGCGCGGCCACCGCGCUUUAGACUUCAAUUUCCCCGACUGUACAAUGGGAGGAAGGCGGAGGCCGAGGGCUCCGCAGGGGAGAAAAGAGAAGAGAGAAGUCCCCACCCCCUUUUCUCUGGACUGGAGCUGACCCCUGGGGGAGGACUAGGGCGGCCCCUUGUGCCGGUUCUCCCUCCCCAUCUCAGGCGGCACCUAGGCCCGCUUCCACCCACAGGCCUGUGCUCCUUUCCCACCUGGAGCUCAGGCUGCCCUCUCCUUGGCCUCUGCUAUCCAGCUUCCAUCGACUCCCAGCCUCUGCACCCUCAGAAGACAAUCCAUGUCACCUCUAUGCCGCUAGGGCUGCCCCUGCGUGUCCUGGUCCUGGGGCCCAUGAUGGAGAGUUCUUGGGAGCACAGUGGGCUAGGGAGGCUGUGUGGCAUCAGGGGCUGCCUCCUUAGUCCUGCGGGGUCUGGUCCUAGAUGCCUUGGAUGGGCUGGAAAGGCUCUGCCCUAUGGGCCAGGCCCCCUCCCAGGUUCUGGUCCAUGGCGGGAGCUCCUCGCUGAGGCUUGUCCACACCUCCUUGCUCUACUCUUGCCCUUUAGGGUUUCCCUGGCUCUCCCAGGUCCUGGUGUCUCUUGGGCCACUGCCCCUCCCUCCCUGUCCCCUCAUUGCAGACCAGAUUCUGGGCUAAGCUGGCUUCUCUGUUCAUCGCCUCAGGGAGGCUGAGGGCAGCCCAGACAUGGCUGGCAGGAGACAGGCUUUGGGCCAGGUGGGUUUUGGUGGACGUGUGUGUUGCCUUCCUCACACUGGCCUGGGAAGUGCAGGUCUCUGACCACACACUGGUCCUGCCCCCAGGAAUCCACAGCCUAAGAGGGCAAUGGCUGGCUUCAGAGGCAACCCAACGGCCCAGAGACUUCCAUGCCCAAACCUGGGUUCUAGUCUUGAUUCACUUGCUGAGCAGCCCUGGGCCAGUCAUUGCCCCAGCAAACCUGCCUUCUCAUCUGUAAAAUAAGCCUGAUGGUGCAAGCAAUGCUUAACGAGGGUUGCGGUGGAGAGUAAAUGAGAGACAGGCAUUGGUUAUGGGGGACAGAUUGGGAUCUGUGCUUGAGCUUGGGAACCUGGGAGGGAGGCUCUUAGCCUUAUGGGGUUGGGGGGGACACCACAAGAGAUCGCUGUUGGCCGAGGAACAUGUGGACUGGAGUUGGAUUGGGAGCAAGCACCUGGCAUCACACCCUGCAAAAUGUAGGGCCUCUAGGUCUGCUGUGUAGGACCACAGCGCCUCGUGGCCCUCAGCAGUGACCUGAAAUCCCUCAGCAACUCCUGCUCCCGUUUAACCUGCCUGACUCCUGAGCCACCUCUGAGUGAGCUGGAACUGCCACCCCAAGUGUCUUGUGGGGGUCAGUCCUGUCUGCUGAAAGAUGUGUACACAUGAGAGCCAAGGCGAGCACAGCCUGAGGGAAGGCAAGGGCUUGAAGGAUGGGCUGAGAAGUUGUUUUGGUGUGUGUGUCAGGGGACCCUGAGGAGAUCACUGGUGUCAGGUGCUAAGUUGACAAAAGGAUGAGCUCCGGCCCCUAGGGAAGGAUCUGGGCCUGGGAAAUGUUGGCGGCCACAGAAGGGAGGGUUUGCCCCAUGGUCUGGAGGCUGAAGGGAGCAGUGGGAGUGCGGUGCUAAGGGUGGGCCCCUGGAAGUCUGUGCUGGGCCCAGAUGGGGGAAGGGAAGUGAGGAAUGGCAGGAGUUCAGAGCUGGGAUGCAGGGAGCCCUCGCAAGAGACUGCUCACCUCCCGGACAGGGCUGGGAGCUCUGGGUGGUGGGAAGGAGCAGUUUAGUGGCAGAGGUCCCCCAGCCCUUGCCCACAGAAUCAUGCAAGGGGCCCCUACAGUGUGGAAGCCAUGGGAUCCUGACUCCUGAUGGGGACUGGAGAAGCUCAGCUGCCCUCACUCUAGCUGGGGGAGCAGGAUGGUGGAUGGGGGAGAUGGGGGAGGGAAGGCAGGAGGCUUCAGCUUUCCAGGACCCCCGCAGGCCUCUGGCAUGCUUCUGGGCCUUGCACAGACUGUUGCCUUUGCCUGGAAUCUCCUUUCCUCUCUUCCCUGACCCUUCAAAUCCAGCAUGAAUACCCCCUCCCCUGAGAGCCCUUCCAGACUCCUCUGGCCCACAACCCCUUCCAUAGGACAAGCUUGUUUCAGAAGUUGCUGGGCAGGGUCUUUCUGCGGUUCCCACCUCUGCUGCUGCUCGCGUCAGCCCAGCUGUCACCUGGAAGAAAGGCUGCCUUGGUGCGCCAUGGAGAGGCAGUCAGUGCCACUCUGGUGCCUCCCUGCUGUCAGGGUAAUGGUUUCUGCCCAGAGGCCCCCAGGGCUGGUAUGUGUCUGCCCAUCUGUCACAGAGCAUUCACCUCUGGCCCCUCAGUGGCCUCUGCAAACCGUAAGCCAGGUACCAGAGGCCACUGAGUGACCAGGGAGCAGUGGCAGGGCCGUGCUGGAGUUGGUCUGGCUGACCCUCUUGCUCUCUCCUUUCAGCCUCCAGGGCUGCAUCAUCACAUCUUCAUCCCAGGGACCCCAAAAGUGGGUCUGCCUGCCUCCCGUCCUCAGCAUACCCACCCUCUGGGAGCUCCUGAGGCUGUGCACCUGGCACUGCCCCUUCAGCAGGCCAGCCUUCUGUCAGGGUCCCACCCCAGGCCCACUAGGGUCUAUGUUCUCAGGGCCAUUUAGAAGCCCCCCCCCCAUCUUGACCUCUUCAGGCAUGGUAGUGCCUGUCGUCAUGCCAGUAGAAGAUUCACUUGAGAGGUGUGGGUGCUGAGCCAUGUGGGUGAGGAGGUUGUCUCACUGUGGCCUGCUGUACCAGAGGGGAAGCCUCUUGCUCAGGGUCUCAGGGAGUGUGGGAUGGAGCAGGAGUGGGACCCCAUCUGGGUUCCUUGCAACACAGGGUGGGCACGUAGCACUUUGUGUGUGGAGUGGCCCCUUGGAGGGGGAGUCAGGUGAGGCAGCCCAUGGGGGUGAGUGGCCACGUCAGGCUGGGAAGAGGCAGGGCCUGUGGCCUCUCUGGCAUCUGGCCUGGACACGAGGGGGUGGAAGGGGGAUUCUGGGCCCCCAGCAGGGAGAAAGGCCCUGCGGCUCCAGGCGUUGCUGAUGUGGAGGCUGCUCUGGGGGCUGGGCUCAGUGCAGGGAGUAGGCUCUCAGCCCCAGUCCUGCCCACAUCCUGCCCCCAGGCUCUGAAAGCAGCAGCUGCACACCCCAGGGGCCGUGGGGGAAGGGACACCACUGGUGCCUGCCAGGGUACCUGGGGCCCAGCCCUCACAAGGUUCCUGAAGUUGGAGCUGCUAGCAACCCUGCAGGGAGGGAGAGAGGGAGGGAAGAUGUGCCAUGACACAGAGGAUGCUCACCUCCAGGCAACACUGGAGAUGGCCCUGCUCUCAUUGAUGGGUUCGGAGAGGGGCCUGGCCGGUCCCAGGGUCCUGGGGUUUGGGAGUCUUGUGCCCAGGCCUGGGCCACUCUAAAGGCCACUGGAGGGCUUGUGGUUGGGGCAGAGCUGAGCUGCCUGUCCAGCUAGUUCUCCUUUGCUUGUUGACCUCUCCACUCUCCCACUGAGUUCCCUUCCCACUGAGGUGCUGCUGCUCAGUCUACCUUCCAUUUCUUUCAACUACCUGCUCUGAGGUUUGGGUGAGAAUUCCACAGUGCGGUCUUCAGAUCCCCAACUGUCUCCUCAAACUGUAUGCACAUGACAACACAUCAAUUGUGUUCUCCUCAAUCCUUCUGUUUUUCAUUUCCAGGAUUUUUAUAUUAUUUCUCGUUCAUAUUUGCCUGUUCUUGUUUUGGUUCUGCCAAUAAUUCUCAUUCUUGUUUAUGGAUACUACUCCUUUAUCUCUUUGAAGAUCCUAAAUGUCUUUGAAAAUUAUUAGAUUACUAUAUUAUCUUCAUCUCUGGAAUGAAUUAAUCUCUAUAUUGAGGUCUUGGAAGUGGGGAGUGACCUGCACACCUGGGUAGUAGCCAGCUCUCAGGACAGUCUCCUGGGACAACUCUGCCUUAAGGCCCCCCCUGUGGGCUCAGGGCCUGUUGGGGUCAGGCUCAGCAGCAGGUGGCACAAAGCUCCCUGUGCUGUAGCAGCUGGGAUGCUGCCUGGCACAGAGUAGGUACUUGGAAACAUCUGCUGUGAGAAAGUAGUGGAGGAUUCUCAGGCUGGGAUUCUGGAACCCAGGAACAGGCCCAGUGUGGCUGCAACAGGCACAAGGCGCUAGGCUGGCUUUGGUACAUUGCCCUUAGCUGCACUCAGGAGCAGGUGUGCAGGGUCCUGCCUGGAAGUUGGCGGGCACUUCUAUCCACCGGGCUCUGGGGGGUACAGCCACCAUGUGGGCAUGUGUACAGAAAGCCUUGCUAGUCUGAUGUACAAGGAGCCAGGAAAUGUGCGGGUUUGAUUAAAUGGAGUUUUAAUUAAAGUGGCCAGACUGGUGAGGGUAAGGAGAAAGGCGGGAAGCAGCAGCAGUUUUGAGUCUAACUGCUGGGGAAUCCUGUGGGUUUGUCCUUUUGAGGCUUAUCAUGCACCUUCCCCAGCAUGUAACUCUGAUCUGUAUGGGAUGGCUUCUGCCCUCUGCCCUGUCCCCAAUAAGGGACAAUCACAAGGAAAUAUUACAUUAUUAAUAUUUCAUUUCCCCUCUUGGCUAGCAACAGAUGACUCAAGGAUUAAUUAGAGCCAACAGAGAGGAACAGGAAAUUGCCAGAUCCUGGCCCCGCCCCCAGCCCCCUCCCCCUGGGCCUCCAACCUUCCUGUCACUCUUGCUCUAGGAGGCCUCUGAAGGGAGGAAAGCAGAGAGGGGCCAGGAGGCCCUAGGAAAUCUUGCUGCUGCUGUUUUUCAUGGGCAUUCCCCCAGCUCUGUUCCACCCUUUUAUGCUCAUGGUAAAGCUGGGAGGGCAUUAGCCUCUUUGAGCCUUAGCUUCCUCAUCUGUAGAGUGAAGUUCAUGGGGCCAGCCAGUGAGAACACAGAUGACCCACAGACCUCUGCACCCUCAUUUCCUGAGCUCCCAAGCAGGCCGUGCAAACUAUUGUAGAGGGUCUGGAGUGGAGUCCAGGCAGCCGGGCCCUGGGAGAGCACAGGGCUUGGUGGCUCAGUGGUGGCUGGAGCCUUGUUUUCCCCAGCUGACUGUGUACGUUGAUUCCCAGUUCCUGUCAGUGACUCAUUAGUACCUUAAAACAGGCCAUCUUGGGAGCAUUUUACUACAAAACUCUGGCAAAGGCCCCAAGUUAGGGCACCCCCAACCCUGGGCUGAUUUGCGGUCUGACAGCUGGGAAGCUUCAACCUCCUCCCAGCUACCUCCGUGCCCUGCUCACCCCGCGGUGCCCUGGGCUCCACUGAUGUGCUCUGCUUGGGGCUGGGAGAUUCUAGUCUGGCAGAUAACCAGGUUGCCUGUGUGGCCAGGCAAGCUUCAACACGGGAUGUGCUGGCAGCUGCUGGAGGGCCUGCAGGAAAGCUGUAGAAGGCUGAUGGGGAGCCCAGUGUGCAGGGAGGCAGCCUUCCAGACCCAGCUGGCAGGGGUGUGUCUGGCUCCUUGCAGGGCUGACCUGGGCUGGAGGGUCUGUUGUAUCCAGUGAGACUGGGAAGGUACCCAAGGCUUGCUGGACAGUAGGAAGGUGCCUUCAGCUUAGUCAGGAAGGGUGCUGGUACCAGGUGCUGUGAGGCCUGAGAGCCCACAGUACAGAAGGUGAUGGGGAAGCCCCAAGGAUUUAGGGGUCCCGAGUCUGCCAGGAGAACCUCACCAAACAGAGGGCUUGGGUUAGGGUCCCCAAACACCCUUCUAUGCUGGGCAUCCCAGCCCACAUGGAGUCAGCCCAACAUCCAGGGCAGAUGCUAAUGAUGUGACCCCAUCAGUAGGGCUCCAGGCAGUGGGGCCAGACAGCCCACGUUCAGCUCCACAAAAACGUGGUACUUAUCUGGGUCAGGUGGAUCACUGGUGGCCCCACCUUAUCUGACCCUGGGAAGCACCCUCUGAAUCUGGAUGAUGGCCUAGGGCCAAGUCAGGUUUCUAGCCUGGGCUGGUUGGACUGGCAGAGGCUGUGUCUCUGUCAAUGCAGAUUCCCCAGGAAAGGCUGAGGCCAGGGUAAGAAGGCUGGCAGGGGGUUGUCCGGAGGCCAGGAAGGUGGAUGGGUGGCUCACUGGUGGUAGGAGGCAGGGUCCCUGGGGCUUGCUGGGUCUGACUGGACAGUGGCCCGCUGCUGGUGGUGCUGAACCUGGGAGGCCCCCAGAUGGGAGGCAGCUCUGGGGCUGUCACUUCACUCCUGCAGAACGAGGACGAGACACUGGACACAUAGCCUCUGCAGUCAGGGUGCCCCUGGUGAAUGCUACUCUGGGCUGCAGGCCGGGAACACCAAGGGACACUGUGUGGCCAGAGUUGGCACCAGGAGACUUGGUCUGCCCUACCUCCGCCAGUGACAUGCUUUGCAGGCGGCAGCCACUAUCCAUGUGCACCUGGACCAUGAAAGCCCAGGACUGCAGGAGGGGGUGGAUUUGGCAUGGAGGACACUGCUGGGCAGCACACGUACCACAGGAACUCUGAAGCUAAGCUGAGCCAAGAUGCCGCCAGAGCCCCUGGAGAGGGCCUGGUUUCUGAAGACUCGGAGUUGGCUGUGAAAAGCCCUUGGGGGGCCCCCCCAACGGCAGGGACGCUCCUGGCUCCUGUGAAGGGGCUCAGGGCCUGGGCAGGCCAGCUGUGCUGCAGCUAUGGACCGUGAGCUGGCCUGGCCUGCGUCCUUGCUGACCCUGCCCAUCUGCAGCUGUGCCCAACAUGGGCUCCUCGGUGUACAUCAUGGUGGAGCUGGCCAUUGCCGUGCUGGCCAUCCUGGGCAACGUGCUGGUGUGCUGGGCUGUGUGGCUGAACAGCAAUCUGCAGAACGUCACCAACUACUUUGUGGUAUCCCUGGCGGCAGCCGAUAUCGCCGUGGGGGUCCUUGCCAUCCCUUUUGCCAUAACCAUCAGCACGGGGUUCUGUGCCGCCUGCCACAGCUGCCUCUUCUUCGCCUGCUUCGUGCUAGUCCUCACGCAGAGUUCCAUCUUCAGCCUCCUGGCCAUCGCCAUUGACCGCUACAUCGCCAUCCGCAUCCCACUCCGGUACAAUGGCUUGGUGACAGGCACGAGGGCCAAGGGCAUCAUUGCAGUCUGCUGGGUGCUAUCGUUUGCCAUCGGCCUGACUCCCAUGCUAGGCUGGAACAACUGCAGUCAGCAGGAGGGCAGAAACCACUCGCAGGGCUGCAGGGUGGGCCAGGUGGCCUGUCUCUUUGAGGACGUGGUCCCCAUGAACUACAUGGUGUACUACAACUUCUUUGCUUGUGUCCUGGUGCCCCUGCUGCUCAUGCUGGGUGUCUACUUGCGGAUCUUCCUGGCAGCCCGGCGACAGCUGAAGCAGAUGGAGAGCCAGCCUCUGCCGGGGGAGCGAGCCCGGUCCACGCUGCAGAAGGAGGUCCACGCUGCCAAGUCACUGGCCAUCAUUGUGGGGCUCUUCGCCCUCUGCUGGCUGCCCCUGCACAUCAUCAACUGCUUCACCUUCUUCUGUCCCAAGUGCAGCCACGCCCCACCCUGGCUCAUGUACCUGACCAUCAUCCUCUCCCACACCAAUUCCGUGGUGAAUCCCUUCAUCUAUGCCUACCGCAUCCGCGAGUUCCGCCAGACCUUCCGCAAGAUCAUUCGCAGCCACAUCCUGAGGCAGCGGGAGCCCUUCAAAGCAGGUGGCACCAGUGCCCGGGCCCUGGCAGCUCACAGUAGCGACGCGGAGCAGAUCAGCCUCCGCCUCAAUGGCCACCCUCCCGGGGUGUGGGCCAACGGCAGUGCCCCCCAGCCUGAGCGGCGACCCAAUGGCUACACCCUGGGGCUGUUGAGUGGAGGGAGUGCCCGUGAGUCCCACCAGGACAUGGGCCUCCCAGAUGUGGAGCUCCUCAGACAGGAGCUCAAGGGAGAGCGCCCAGAGUCCCUGGGCCUCGAGGGUCCCCAAGCCCAGGAUGGAGCAGGAGUGUCCUGAUGAACCACUGAGUCUGCCCCUUCCUAAGGGAAGGAAAUCUUUCUCUUCCUGGUUGCUGGAACCAGUCACGUUGAGAGAAGAGUGCAUGUGCCGGAGACCCUUCUCAUGGCCGGUUUCCACUUUGGACUGAGGAGGGAGCCCCGGCUGGAGCAGCAUGAGGCCCAGAAGGAAGGGUUUGGAGUCCGAGGAAGUGGACGUUUCAUGCUGGGAGGCCCUGCAUCAGGCCAGAGCCCCAGCACGAGAGCAUCUUGGCUGGCCAGGGCUGGUCCCCAACUCCAGAAGCACCUAGAAGUGCCACCUUGUCUCCGCAGAGCAGCUGUGGCAGAGCAGGUUGGCUGGCCUGAGGCUGGGGAGUGGUUCCAAAAGGCCCCCCUGCCACACACACACCACCCUCCCCAGACUUUCCAAGGAUUCAGGAGCUAUUGUGCUCAGAGGUGGCGUUUGACUAUUUUUUCCAGGAGAAAAUGUAAGUGUGAGGAAACCCUUUUAAUCUUCCCUGCCUGGUUGCUGGCUCUGUUUCAGCCCUGCUGCUAACCUGGCACCAGGAGUUGGCCCAGGGAGACCCAGGCAGCCCUCUCCCGCUGCCAUGAGCUGUCAUGCACGUCUCCUUCGAGGACAGCGAGUUGUAAUGGAGCCGUGCCAGAGCGUGGGCGCAGGGGAGGAUGUCGGGGCUGGCCAGCAUGGGUUAGCCUGGGGAGCUCAGAGCUGCCCAGGUAGAGGCCCUAUCUAACUGCCUUUCCUUCUGAAGGGAAUGUUUUUUUUUUCUGAGAUACAAUAAAAAUGAGCCACGUUGUGUUUUAAGCUUG